GACAGUAUCGGAGCCGACGCAUGACCAGGCGCUCGGCUCAAACGCUGUGGUCGUUUCCCUCUCUGCCACCUGCCACCCACACGCCUACCCGGGGAGGGGGGGGACACACACCGCCGAGACCCGGUAACCUGUGACCACGGGAUCGACUUUGCCCUCACUUGCUCCGACUGACAGCGAAAGGGAGGUUUUGCCAAAUGUGAGUCGGAAUCUACGGAAGGAAGGGCCAUAAAGAAAAGCUCCCACCGGUGGCGGGAUGCUUUAGAAGACAGCGACUCACAUCGCGCUCCUCCCCCAGAGAUACGAGGCUCUCGCCGAGGCGAUCCCGCGGCAGGAGAAAUCCCUUCACUCAAACCCCAGAGCGGCUGACUUCAUCAUGGAUAUUUUUGGAGGAGCUCCUCGUGUUUUGGGCUACCCGCGCCCGGUGACGGCCCAGCAGGGCGCCGACGCCACGCUGAGGUGCCAAAUCGGGGGGGACCCUCGUCCCGAAGUGAUCUGGGAGCGUAAAAACAUCCAGAUCCCGUCCGAUGGCCGCCACCAGACCUCCGAGGACGGGAACGCGUACCUGCUGACCAUCGCCGGAGUCACCCUGCAGGAUGCCGGCCAGUAUAUUUGCAAGGCUCAAAAUAGCGUCGGUGAAACCUACGCAGCGGCCUCCCUCAAAGUGGAAGGAGAGGCCCAGCCACAGGAAGGGGGGCCAACGCAAUUCGGAGUCAAUGGUAUGCAGCAACCAACAGAAAAUGGAGAGCUUGAAGGACACCAGAACGGCUCCUGCACAGAGGACAAUGGAGAGGAGCCGAGCGGAGAGACGUCGAGAGAGGAGGAGCAAGAGGAGGCCGACGCGGCGCCGGAGGACAAACCUCGAUUCCUCAUCAAGCCGCUGUCUCUGCGCGUGGAUCGGGGAGAAGACGCCGCCUUCUCCUGCAAAAUCUCGGGCGCUCCUCUGCCCGAGGUGGCGUGGGAGAAAGACGGGAAGAAGCUGAGCGACGUCUUCGAGAGCGCGCACUUCAGCGCGAGCGGCCAGGAGGGCGGCUGGUUCCAGCUCGCGGUCUACAGGACGCGCGCGCCGGACAAAGGCGUCUACACCUGCAGGGCCGUCAACCGCCACGGCGACGCCCUGGCCGGCGCCGUCCUCCUCGUCGAGCGCGUGCCGGAACGAGAGGCGGGCAGGGUGUCGUCGAGCGGUCGCGCCGGCGGUCAGACGCACGGGGCCGGGAGCCUCGGUCUGCCGAGGGUCAUCGAGGAGCCGGCCGGAGCAUCCGAAGCCAAGAAGUUUGCCGUGGCGGAGGGGAAACACGCCAAGUUCCGCUGCUUCGUGACAGGGAAGCCCAAGCCAGAGAUCAUUUGGAAGAAAGACGGGGUUCCCCUGGAACCCGGGAGGCGCCAUCUGAUAUUUGAGGACAGAGAGGGGUACUACACGCUGAAGGUGCUGUACUGUAAAGUCAAGGACACGGCACUGUAUGUGUGUGCGGCGUCGAACGCUCUAGGAAACACCCUCAGCGCGGUUCAGCUGUCCGUCCAAGGCCCGGCGGUGCGGUUCAGGCGUCCGUUGAAAGACGUCGAGGUGAGGGAGAGGGACGUCGCCGUGCUGGAGUGCGAGGUGCCCGACGAGUCGCUCCCGUCGGCCUGGUACCUGGAGGACCAGCGGCUGGCGCCCAGCAGGAAGUACGGGAUGGAGCAGAAAGGAGCGACGCGGAGGCUGACCAUCCGCGACGUGGAGACGGACGACGACGGCGUGUACCUGUGCGAGAUGCCCGACGGAGCCAAGAGCAUCGCAGAGCUGUCAGUCAAAGGCGAGUUGUCAGGAAAUGGUUGCGCAACGCAAACAAAACGGUGAACACGUUUUUUGCAUUCUCAGGCGAUAUUGUUCGUAAACUCUCCCGGAAGCUGGAGGUCCUGGAGGGCGAGAACGCCGUGUUCUGCGUGGAGGUGGAGAACGACGACGCGGAGA